AUGGUCGAGCACACUUCCGUGGAGCCUAGUGAUUCUGCCUUGAAUGCGCCGCUUGAAGAAAAUAACAACCAACCUAACCCCCAACCUACUGCUGCUACAGCUUCACCCUCGAAGAAAAAAUCGCUCUCAAAACCCCGUAAAAGAAAGGCUACCACCGCUUUGUCAAAGAUACGUCAGAAGCGAAGCUCGCCGCCACCCAGCGGCGCACUGGAAGCGAACCCAUAUACGUGGCAUGAUUCCGAGAUCACCGGUCACAACCCUACAGAUCCCAAUGAUGACGGAUACGGUAUUAAUGGGAUUGGAUUCAAACCUACUGCGACGAUUGCGUGGGCCAGGUCUCAGAAAAGGCAGAAACAGCUGGCCGAGUGGAAGACCAGAGAAGCGAGGGAAGCGCGAGAAAAACGAAGAGAAAAGCGAGAUGGGGUCGACGUUGAUAAAAUCCGUUCGAUUCAAAGCGGUGCCAUCCAGAAAAAGGUCAAAUUCAAUUUAUGA